AUGUCAGCUUACCCCGAUCUCACGCCCGAGGAAAGGGCCGGCCCUCUUCUCCCAGGACAAUCAUUCUCUUUGAAGAGCGUUCACGGACAUAUGGCCCACCUGCCUUCGUAUGCGCAUUGCAGCUCGGACCGACACGCACCCACCAAGGACGUCUCAAGCGAGACAGUGGUGGAGCCUGCAGGUCUCCAUCAGAAGCCCGAGGGUACUCCUUGGACUGAUCUAGUUCUCCGGAGCCCGUCGAGCGCGACCGACUUCGUGUCAGAGCAAGUUCAUAGUGUCUGCUUCGACACGGAUGCUGUUCAGACGCAGUAUCUACAGAUUACUUCCUUGACUGACAUCGACAACGCGGGGAAGACGCGCACACUUCCCGUUACAUCGCCCGGGUUGCUGACGCCUCCACCCACUCCGCCUGCAUCGCGGAUUAUUUCACCUCCUCAGGGAUCCUAUCGUCCAGUAGAGGACGGCUUGGAGGAGCCUAUAGCUUACUUCGGCAAGCGCAAGGCACUCUGCAUUGGCAUCAACUAUUACGAUGAAGACGGCCAUGAGUCUGAUCUAGAAAGCUGUAUCAGAGACGCGAAGCGCAUGCGUCGUCUGCUUCUCGACCACUUUCAGUAUCGGAAAGAAGACGUAGUUCUCUUGUCUGACCAUCCAGAUCAUGGUGGGCCGGGCACUAAGCCGACCAAAGACAACAUACUGCGCGCCAUGAAGGACCUCGUUCACGAUGCGCGCUCUGGUGACUCGUUCUUCUUCCACUACUCCGGCCACGGCUUCCAAACGAAGGACAUGGAUGGAGACGAGGAAGACGGUUUAGACGAGUUCAUCUACCCGAUGGAUUAUGACACCAGUGGAAUCAUCCUCGACGAUGACCUACAUGACAUCAUGGUCAAACCUUUGCCCCAGGGAUGCCGAUUUACUGCGGUGUACGACUCUUGCCAUUCGGGAUCCGUGCUCGACCUACCAUAUCUCUACACUCAUGACCCAGACUCCGGGUUUCUCGAGUCACAAAACGAACUCGCUAUACUUAGCAAGUCAAGCCAAGCGGACGUCAUCUGUUGGUCUGCUUGCAAGGACCGCGAGGAAGCGCAGUGCACGAAGAAAACUGGUGCUAUGUCUUCUGCGUUCCGCUCGGCGUUGGAGAAGGGGUUCACGCUCGACUACGGAUCAAUCUUCGCCGCCAUUGACGAGGAUAUCCGCUCCAACCCGCAUCUGACGCAACGACCACAGCUGAGUAGCUCGCAUCCGCUUGACAUCACUCGCGUAUUCACGAUCUGA